UCUGCUGGUUGCACGUGCUGUCGAUGAGGAAAUGGUCAACAUAUUAUGAAUGGAUCAAUAGCCUGCGUUUCACUUUCUCAUUGCUGGGCAUGUCAUUUGUGUUAUUCAAACAUCUUUGGUAUUGCUAGCUUGGGUUUCAUUGCUUGCAUAGUGACGUUGAUUUCAUAGUGACGUUGAUUUAAGCAUAUGAGAAGAAGAUGUACCAAUAGUGGUGACAGUACCUAGCUAGAGAGAUAGCUAGCUGGUUGCAGACAGUCGUGUAGGUCGCGCCCGGGUUCAGAGCUCCUUCUCCGGUGACUGCAAGCUGGAAAGGGCGUGGAUGCGGUGAGGCCCACGGGUACAACAAGGGGACAGUAUGGCUGAGGACCCUCAGAGGAACUUCCGUUCUGCCUAUUAUGAGAAGGUGGGCUUCAGAGGGGUGGAGGAGAAGAAAUCACUGGAGAUAUUACUGAAGGACAACCCACUGGACGUGGAGAAGCUGAGCACUUUCAGUCAGAGAUUCCCUCUGCCCUCAAUGUACAGGAUCCAUGUAUGGAAAGUGCUGUUGGGUAUCCUUCCUCCCCACAGUGACUCCCACUUCCUGGUGGCAGGGUACAGGCGGGAACAGUACCAGGAUGUGUUGGAGGCCCUGAAGGUGAUGAGGUUUGUCCACAUGGCCACUCCCCAGACGCUGGUGUACCUACGCAUGUUCCAGCUGGAGAGCCAAGUGCUGCCCAGACGCUCUGAUACCUCAGCCCCGGACGAGGAGGAUGAGGACUUCCUGUCCAUAGCUCGAGCCAUGGAGGAGAUUGUAGAAGACCCUAUGGAUUGUUAUUGGCUGAUCAAGAGCUUUGUCAACCAGUUCAACAAUAAGUUUGGAGACUCCAUUCCCCACCUGCCCAAGAGUCUGGAGCACUACCUGAGUGUCGAGGAGCCCCGGCUACUGAACCAUCUGAAGAAUACUGGGGCCCUCGCCAUGCUGCCAUACAGCCUGUGGUUCAGACGCUGCUUUGCUGGCUGCCUGCCUGAGUCCAGCCUGCAGAGGGUGUGGGACAAGGUGAUCAGCGGGUCCUGUAAGAUCCUGGUCUUCGUUGCCAUGGAGAUCCUUCUCAGCUACAAGAUCGUGGUGAUGGGGACCAGCAAACCGGAGGGAGUGGUCAGCAUCCUGUGCAACAUGCCCCAGGAGAACACUGACGCAAUAGUGACUAAAGCCAUUGACCUGUGGCACAAGUACUGUGGCACCCCCAUGCACUCUGUAUAGGAUCACAGAUCUCCUGCCAGACCCUCUUGAUGGGGUCAUUGACAUUGGGAUACGCUUGGACUCAAAUCAAUCACGUUUAUUUGUCACAUACUUCGUAAAACAACAGAUGUAGACUAGCAGUGCAAUGCUUUCUUACGGGCCCUUCCCAACAAUGCAGAGAGAAAGAGCAUAGAGAAAUAAUAUAAAAGUAAUAUUAACAUGGCUAUAUACACAGACGGUGCCAGUACCAAGUAGAUGUGCAGGGGUACAAGGUAAUUGAGGUAGAUAUGUUCAUAUAACUAGGAAUAAAGUGACUAGACAACAUUAUAGAUGAUAAACAGUAGCAGCAGUGUAUGUGAUGAGUGCCUGGUAUAGAGGUCCUGGAUGGCAGGGAGCUCAGCCCCAGUGAUGUACUGAGCUGUACGCACUACCCUCUGUAGAGCCUUGCGCUUGAAUGCCAAGAAAUUGACGUACCAAGCGGUGAUGCAGCCGGUCAAGAUGCUCUCAAUGGUGCAGCUGUAGAACUUUUUGAGGAUCUGAGGGCCCAUGCCAUAUCUUUUCAGCCUCUGACUGGAAGUGCCCCUGAGGAACCACAAUGUUGAGGGUCAGCGUGGCGGAUGUGUUGAUGCCUACCCUCAGCACCUGGGAGCAGCCUGUCAGGAAAUCCAGGAUCCGGUUGCAGUCCCAGGGUCCUUAGCUUAGUGUUGAGCUUGGAGGGCACUAUGAUGUUGAAAGCUGAACUAUAGUCAAUGAACAACAUUCUCACGUAGCUGUUCCCGUUGUCCAGGUGGGAAAGGGCAUUCCCCCUUUGCAGGAAAAUGGCAGAUUUGGGCAAUGUUAAAUGCCUAAAUUGGAAACGCAAUGGCUGUACAGUAACAUGAUGUAAGAGCUUUGGCUCUGCGCUUCGCAGCGCUGUAUGGGUUUUGACUGACAGUGGUUCUGAACUUGAGCACCUCGCGUGACAGGAAGUUGACCCCAUCCCUCCCGCUAAUUGGGCAACUUUUGCAAAUGUUUUGUUAUCUGAGUGAGGGAAAUGCUGUAAAUUUAAGAGGCUCCUAUGUAUACUGAACAAAAAUAUAAAUGCAACAUGAAACAAUUUAAAAUAUUUGACUGGGUUACAGUUCAUAUAAGGAAAUCAGUCAAUUGAAAUACAUUUAAUUAGGCCCUAAUCUAUGGGUUUCACAUGACUGGGCAGGGGUGCAGUCUUGGGUGGGCCUGGGAGGGCAUAGACCCACCCACUUGGAAGCCAGGCCCAGUCAAUCAAAAUGAGUUUUCCCCCACAAAAGAGCUUUAUUACAGACAGAAAUACUCCUCAGUUUCAAUAGCUGUCUGGUCUCAGACGAUCCCGCAGGUGAAGAAGCCGAUUGUGGAGGUCCUGGGCUGGCGUAGUUACAUGUGGUCUGCGGAAUUGUGUUCAUUGUCCAAAGCUUAUGCCUGCCCUCACCAUAACCCCACCGCCACCAUGGGGCACUCUGUUCACAACUUUCAAAUCAGCAAACUGCUCGCCCACACAACGCCAUACACGUGGUCAGCGGUUGUGAGGCCUAUUGGACGUACUGCCAAAUUCUCUAAAACGACGUAAGCGGCAGUUUGUGGUUGAGAAAUUAACAUUCAAUUCUCUGGUAACAGCUCUGGUGGUCAUUCUUGCUGUCAGCAUGCCAAUUGCACGCUCCCUCAAAACUUGAGGCAUUUGUGGCAUGUUGUGUGACAAAACUGCACAUUUUAGUGUGACCUUUUAUUGUCCUCAGCACAACUUACACCUGUGUAAUGAUCAUGCUGCUUAAUCAGCUUCUUGAUAUGCCAUACCUGUCAAGUGGCAGGAUUAUCUUGGCAAAGAUAAAUGCUCACUAGCAGGGAUGUAAACACAUUUUUGCCCAAAAUUGAGGAGAAAUAAGCUUUUUGUGCAUACGGAACAUUUCGGGGGAUCUUCUAAUUCCGCUUAUCAAACAUGGGACCAACACUUUACAUGUUGCGUUUAUAUUUUUGUUCUUUAUAUUUUGAAAGAUGAAACUUUGAGGAUUUAUAAUGAAUACCAAAUUGAUGUCAUACAAGCAAGCCAAACAAACACCCUUGAGUCCAGAAUGUGCACUUCACAUUUCCAUGUCAUAAAACUUGUCUUGUACAGUGUCAAAGUUUAUGAUCACUAUGUUUGAUGUACAGUUACAAGAUGACAUGCCGUCAUACCCUGGGUUAUUCUGAACAGAAUGAUCCUCGGUUUCUCUAUUGUGAAGAGAAUUUGCCACGGCGCGCGCACCUGAAUGCACUCUAGACUCCUUUCUAUGCGCACCAAAUAUGAUCUGUUUCCCUGAAUUGCAUUGUGAAAGCCUUUUAUAAUGUCUUUGUCUAACACUGUAAUAUCGUAUUUUAUAACUUUUCUAGUCAUGUUGACAAUGGAACAGGCUUUGAAAUGAUGCCCACAUGACCCAGAUUGCGAUUUAUAAUUGACCAUUUUGGAUUGAGUAAGUAACAGUAAUUGUGUGAUUGCGGGGAUGCAGUGUUCCAAACAAAAUAACUACAAGUGUGCUUGCUCUAGUUCCUGAAUGGCGCAGCUAGGAGAGCUCACCUUAUAGUUCAAGACUCUUCUUUAAAUGAUAAAAGUGCAUUGAAAUUACUUAGAAACUGUGCACACUUUAGAAAAGUGUGGCCACUUGGAGACACCAGUUAGUCCUCUCACUCAAACCCUUGUAAUUUAUUUGUCUUAUGUUGUACCUACCCCACAUCUUCCAGGAAUAUUCUUACUGUGUUACUGAAUGUAUCAAGAGUAUUUUCAGAUUUAGUUUUCAACAAAUGUGACGCAAAGGACAGCAUACAGUACUAGUAAAAAGUUUGGACACACCUACUCAUUCAAGGGUUUUUCUUUAUUUUUACAAUUUUUUUCAUUGUAGAAUAAUAGUGAAGACAUAAACUAGGAAAUAAUGCAUAUGGAAUCAUGUAGUAACCAAAAAAGUGUUAAACAAAUCAAAAUAUAUUUUAGAUUCUUCAAAGUAGCCACCCUUUGCGUUGAUGACAGCUUUGCACACUCUUGGCAUUCUCUCAACCAACUUCAUGAGGAAUGCUUUUCCAACAGUCUUGAAGGAGUUCUCACAUAUGCUGAGCACUUGUUGGCUGCUUUUCCUUCACUCUGCGGUCCAACUAAUCCCAAACCAUCUCAAUUGGGUUGAGGUCGUGUGAUUUUGGAGGCCAGGUCAUCUGAUGCAGCACUCCAUCGCUCUCCUUCUUGGUCAAAUAGCCCUUACACUGCUGGAGGUGUGUUGGGUCAUGGUCCUGUUGAAAAACAAAUGAUUGUCACACUAACCGCAAACCAGAUGGGAUGGCGUAUCGCUGCAGAAUGCUGUAGUAGCCAUGCUGGUUAAGUGCGCUUUGAAUUCUAAAUACAUCACUGACAGGGUCACCAGCGAAGCACCCCCCCACCCACACACACACACCAUCACACUUCCUCCAUGCUCCUCCUCCAUGCUUCACUGUGGAAACCACACAUGCAGCAGAGAUCAACCGUUCACCUACUUUGCGUCUCAUAAAGACACAGCGUUUGGAACCAAAAAUCUUAGAUUUGGACUUAUCAGACGAAAGGACAGAUUUCCACCGGUCUAAUGUCCAUUGCUCAUGUUUCUUCUCUUAUUAUUGGUGUCCUUUUAGUCGUGGUUUCUUUGCAGAAAUUUGACCAUGAAGACCUGAUUUCACACACCUCUGAACAGAUGAUUUUGAGAUGAGUCUGUUACUUGAACUCUGGGAAGCAUUUAUUUAGGCUGCAAUCUGAGGUGCAGUUAACUCUAAUUAACUUGUCCUCUGCAGCAGAGGUAACUCUGGGUUUUCCCUUUAUGUGGUGGUCCUCAUGAGAGCCAGUUUCAUCAUAGCGCUUGAUGGUUUUUGCGACUGCACUUGAAGAAACUUUCAAAGUUCUUGAAAUGUUCUGCGUUGACUGACCUUCAUGUCUUAAAGUAAUGAUGGACUGUCGUUUCUCUUUGCUUAUUUGAACUGUUCUUGCUAUAAUAUGGACGUGGUCUUUUACAAAAUACGGCUAUCUGCUGUAUACCACCCCUACCUUGUCACAACACAACUGAUUGGCUCAAACGCAUUAAGAAGGAAAUCAAUUCCACAAAUUAACUUUAAGCAAGGCACACCUGUUAAUUGAAAUGCAUUACAGGUGACUACCUCAUGAAGCUGGUUGAGAGAAUGCCAAGAGUGUGCAAAGCUUUCAUCAAGGCAAAGGAUGGCUACUUUGAAGAAUCUAAAAUAUAUACUUUGAUUUGUUUAACACUUUUUUGGUUACUACAUGAUUCCGUAUAUGUGUUAUUUCAUAGUUUUGAUGUCUUCAUUAUUAUUCUACGAUGUAGAAAAUAGUAAAAAUACAGAAAAACCCUGUAAUGAGUAGGUGUGUCCAAACUUUUGACUGGUACUAUAUGUAAAAUGCACAUAAAAUCAAAAGUGUUAUAUUUGGAUUCAGUAUUGUGUCAGGUGAACUGUUGUCCUCACUUUGGUCUAAUACUUUUUCCAUAAUCUCCAAACUGUUCCUGUUCAAUUGCUACCAUUUUCAUAUUUAUUCUGUAAGAAACAUUUCAAUUUAGGCCAAUUCCCACGAGUGUAAAGGGUUAACAGGAGAACAUCCAGACCUCUGCCACUAACACAACAUACAUUGAGUUUGGACUCAAUGGAUAGAAUGAAUGACUGUACAGUACAAAGGGCUGUUCCAGGGCCUGUCAUGGUUGAGGUUACUAUGGUUGUUUAUAUGGGGGUUUACUAAGUAGACAGGUUUUGGAUCAUAGCAGCAAUCCACUAUAUUUAUGGCCUGGUCUCAGAUCUGUUUGUCUUGUCUUGUCAAUUCCAACCAUGCUUGUCAACUCCUCCAACCUACUCAAUUCAGACUCUUUGAAAUGAAGCCCAUUCCUUGAACGUGUCCUAAAGGAAGGAAGUUGGAGGUGGCUUUGCUUGACAUGUGAACAUCUAGCAGAAGAUCAUAGCUGAAUCAUGUAUUUAAAUGUCAAUAAACAUGCAUUUAAUGACAGAGAAAGUUGAGUGAUUUCAAACCAGAUAUAUAAUACUCUUUCUAUUAUGAAAACAGUUUGGUUUCAAUUAGUGAAGUGAAGUUCAGUUCUCACUGUUGGUGAUGUUAUAUACGGUGGGAUCUGAAAUUGACAAAAAUAACUGCAUAAAAUAAAUAAUUCAAUUAC